UGUGACCCGUGAUCUCCAGGUACAGCAGAGCGAAGAGCUGCAGCUCUGAACGGGAAUACGUUCUGACCGGGAAGACCUUCCACGGAUUCAGCAGGUGGAAAACAGAUCACAGCGAUUCUGGAUCCAAGAACUCAGGCCUGGAAAUGAUUGUGUGACGAGUACCCAGUGCAGAGACGUCCACCUGUAGCCGUGACAGCAUGGCCGCUGUCCCGACACACGGACACACCCAGCGGCUCGCCGUACUCGCGUUGGAGGCUGGCUCCGGCCUCGCCCCUCUGUUCCUCCAAGGCCGUUGUCCUCUUCCUCCUCUUCGUCCUCUUUGUGCUCAUUGUGCUCCAGUUACCUGAACUGAAGUGAAUCCGGUUUAACACCUUUCAUUAACUCGCACAUUAAAUGGUACAAAAAACAAAACCGGCGCCUUGCCAUCACCGCCAAACAAGAUAAGCGAGAGAAACUGACACAGACUUGGCCAGCAUGGCGUUCGCCCGGGGCAGAGGUGUGACAACUCUGUAAACCAGACCACAGAUUGGAUAUUCUGCCCGCACAGAACCCUCAUAAUUAUUGUUAUUGUUAUAGCCGUUAACCACAGUCCCAACCCCCCAAGCCACCAUGCCCGGCCUCUGAUUGGCCGUGCCGUGAUUGGGUGGGCGGAGCUCCACAGCUCUUUCCCGGUUGGACGGUGAGCAAUGGCUCCGCCUCUCCGUGGCGGGAGCAUUCUCUUGGCCCCGCCCUUGUUUUUCCUGCUGUCGUUGGGAGCACUGGGAUCACAGUACUGUGUUCCACGGAAAACCUUCCCCUACCAGGACGAGGACCUCAGGCUGUUCAGGGAGGAGGGGGUGUGGAACUACUCCACCAUGCUGCUUCGGGAGGAGCAGGGCGUUCUGAUGCUGGGGGCCAGGGAGGCCAUCUACGCCCUCGACCUCCACAACAUCUCCAGCAAGAAGGCCGCCGUCUACUGGAAAGUGACCAGAGAGAAGCAGAAGGAGUGCGCCUACAAGGGGAAACAAUCCGAGGUGGAAUGCCGGAACUACAUCCAGACCCUGCACCCAGUGAACCAGACCACCAUGUACGUGUGCGGGACCAACGCCUUCAGCCCCGUCUGUGACUACAUGUCCUACUCAGACGGACAACUGCUCCUGCACGGACGGCAGGAGGAGGGGAAGGGGAAGUGUCCUUUUGAUCCCUUCCAGAGAUACUCCUCCCUCAUGGUCGGAAGUGACCUGUAUUCUGCAACAUUCAUCAACUUCUUGGGCUCUGAGCCCGUGGUCCUUCGCAGCUCCCAAACGGCCGUGCGGACCGAGUUCAAAAGCUCUUGGCUCAACGAGCCCACCUUUGUGUACAUGGAUCACAUCCCCGAGAGCGUGGACAGCGCGGACGGCGACGACGACAAGGUGUACCUGUUCUUCAGCGAGAAGGCCAUGGAGUACGACUUCUACAGCAAGCUCACCGUGUCGCGGGUGGCGCGCGUCUGCAAGGAGGAUAUGGGCGGCCAGCGGACGUUGCAGAGGAAAUGGACAUCCUUCGUGAAAGCCCGUCUGGACUGCUCUCUGCCCGAGCCCAGCCUGCCUCCUAUUGUCCAAGAUGUCUUCCUGCUCAAAGACCACAACUGGAGGAGGAGCGUCUUCUACGCCGUGUUCACCCCCCAGUCGGGGUCGUCGCGCCUGUCGGCCGUCUGCGCGUUCAGCGUCACCGCCGUCAGGGAGGUCUUCAACGAGGGCAAGUUCAAGACCCCCGUUGCCGUGGAGACGUCCCACGUCAAAUGGGUGAUGCACAGCGGGGAGCUGCCCGUGCCACGACCGGGAGCGUGCAUCAACAACGCGGCCCGCCGGCUGGGCAUGGGGAACUCUCUGGACCUCCCGGACAAGACCCUGCAGUUCAUCCGGGACCGGCCCCUGAUGGACGAGGCGGUGCGCCCGCUGACCGGGCGCCCCCUGCUGGUCACCAGGGGCCCCGCCCUGACCCGCAUCGUGGUGGACAGCGUGCGGGCGCUGGACGGGAAGGAGUACGCCGUCAUGUUCAUCGGCACGGAGAACGGUUUCAUCCAGAAGGCGGUGAACUAUGAAGGGGAGAUGUUUGUGAUAGAGGAGACCCAGGUGUACGAAGACCCUCAGCCAAUCACCACCCUGCGCCUCUCAUCCACCAAGGGCCACGUGUACGCCGGCUCCACGUCCGGCGUGGUCCAGAUGCCGGUCAGUAACUGCGGGCGCCAGCGGUCGUGCUCGGACUGCGUCCUGGCCCGGGACCCCUACUGCGCCUGGGACCUCCCCACCGCCCGCUGCGCCUCGCUGGGCAGCGGGCGCUCUGCUGCCGUCCAGAGCCUGGUGGAGGGGGACACCUCCAAGUGUCCUCAGCCAGAGCCCGUACCGGUCAUCGAGGUGACCCUGGUCCCGGGGAACAACCUCCAGCUUCCCUGCUCUGCCGCCUCCAACCUGGCCCAGGUCCACUGGCUGCUCUCGGACCGGCCCCUGGGCGCGGGCCCCCGGUACUACCAGUACCCCGGGGGCCUUCUGCUGCUCAACGCCUCGGGGCCCGACGCGGGCCGCUACGUCUGCCGCUCCGUGGAGCGCGCGCGCGGCGGGACCCACAACCGUACGCUGGCGGUCUACCUCCUCGCGCCGGGCCUGGGCGGCCCCGGGGGGGCCGGGAAGGGGCAGGAGGGUGAGGCCCCCGUCGACAAGGCAGUGGCAAAUUCCACGGCCGGACCCGACAUUCCGGGCGCCACGGCGGCCAAGGGGCCCGGCCCGGCGGAGCCCGGGGGUCCGGAGACGCAGACGGACGGGGGGCGCGUGGCGGGGCUGCGUGUGGCCGUGGGGGUGCUCGCGCUGCUCUGCCUCGCGCUGACCGCCGCGCUGCUCUGGAAGGUGAAGAGGGAGCCGCUGCUGAGGCUCUUGCCUUGGGGGGGGCCCCGGGAGAGCAAGGCCAAGACCCCCGUGACGGAGUACGCCCAGGUUCAGAACCACGCGGCGUCGGAGGGGAAGACGGCGGGGGAGGCGCCGGGCAGCCCGUGCCUGGGGAACAAUCACCACUCUGGGGUGGACUUCAAGGGGAACGGGCCCCCCCACUUCACCUCCAUGAGGGACAUUUCAUGUUUGGACGGACUGGGGUACAUCAACGACGAGUCGGAGAUCUGAGGACUGGAAGGACUCUGCAGAAACAGCCGACAUUUUUUAUUCCUUCCACAAUGUGUAGAGAGAUUUAAUGUGACAUUUUUCACAAUAUAUAUUUUCUGUACAGCUGCCAUUUUUACUAUUUAUUUGUGCCUGUGAAUUUGUAAAAAUUACUGAAUGAUAGGCCACUGACGCCAGAUAAAAAUAAUAAUACAUUUCA